AUGUCUUCGGUGCUGACGACGGUCCAGAAGACGCAGAUUGUAGUUUCUGCGCAUUCCGACGACGAAGAGCCUGAUCCAGAGCGUCGACAGACAAAAGGCCAGCCGUCGUCACCGCUCAACACGACAUCGACGAGCGCAGCACGCGGUUCAGAACUCAGCCCGCUCUCUCACAAGUAUCCCCAUACACGUUCGUGCUUACUCGGCAUUAUUCGCGAAUAUCGGCUCGAUAGCGACGCUGACAACGACGAGACGGAGAGCCUGCUCCACCAAUUUGUCACGUUUCUCAAAGAUGACAAUCCAGAAGAACUCAGGAAUACACUCAAAGCCAGCAUUGAACUCUCCGAGGACGCUGCUGAUCAAUGCAUCCUCGACUUGAUGCAUGCUCACCGUGACGACCUCAACCAGGCGCCGCUCACCGUGUUGCAUGCGGCCAAGCGCCCCAUUUCCCGUCCAUCCUCGCGCGCAUCAACACACUCUUUUCGUCUUAAUCGCCCAGAAUCUCCUUUAGGCACUUAUGGUGUAUCCACUGGUUCGGCACCGAGCUCGCCAAAGCCCAUCCAGCUCGCCUUUAGACGUCCCCAUACUCCCGUAACAAGUCCCCUAGUAUCCAACUUGCACUCGAAUGCAACGUCAUAUAUAACAGCUCAAGGCGUCACUGCGUCUCCAACAUCUUCUCCAACGUUGCCGCAUGCUGCCGUCCUCAAUUUGGCCGCUGCGAGUCCAUCCUCGUCGCCCUUGAGUAGCCCACGCUUUCUCAAUGCAAAAGAAUUCAAGCCAGUUAGGCAAAUGUCGCUGGGAUCUACCCCCAGCACACCCUCCCAAGACGUUUGGUCGUCCAAUGUACCCCCAAGUUCAUUAACCCGCACCUCGUCCAAUCUCGCAGUUGCACCCCCGCUCGUUCUCACUCCUCGAAGCGCAACUCCCGUCAGCGCUGCAGUUGCUAUCCCCUCACGACCGGGAUCGUCACUGGCGGCACCCUCUCGACCACCGUUUGACGAUGAAGACGACGACGAGUUCUCCCCAUUCUCCAAGCCAAAGCCUAUCCUCUACAAGGGUUCGGCCGGUCAGGCACACCCUUCGUCAGAGGGCACUGGCGGAACGUCCGAGAAAUCCGCAUCGUCCCCGUCCAACUCGUACAGCCGUCCCAUGAGUAAUGACGACGAGCAUUACUCCUCUGGACUCAGCAACGAUAACCAUCGCAUCUACGCAUACAACCCAGAAGAUGGCGACGACUCUGCAUGGCUGAGAAGGGAAUAUCGACCGUUCCGACCCUCUGAUCGACAGUACGAUAAAGAUCAGGAGCGUAAGAUGGAAAAGGAUGCGGUAGAUCCUAGUAUUCCCGAAGGAAUGACGCCGCUGGAUGUGCUCGUCUCCGUCUUUGGUAGCACAAUGGCGCCUGCAGAGCUAGAGCACCUUCUCGCACAGCACUCAUGGAAUUUUGAAGACACGAUGCAGUUCCUCAUCGAACGUGGUCCCAACGCACGUCCCCAUACACCAAAUGGCGGCGAGUUUCCAAAUGGUCGAAGCGGGAAUUACGAAGAACGGCCAUCGACAUUUGUCGGCCGACAGGUGCAUGGCAAAGGCAAUUUCCCCUAUGGACCCGGCCCUCCAGUACGUCAAAUGAGUCGACCCGGACGCGUUUGUCGUUACUUCCUUGCCGGAGAGUGUCUACGUGCCGAUUGUCGAUUCAGCCACGACUUGGAUCGGGCUCUUUGUCGAUUCUGGCUUCGCAACGCGUGCGCCAAAGGAGAAAACUGCGAAUUUAUGCAUAGACUUCCUCCAAACAUGGUCAGUCCUGGGCCCUCUCAACCGCAUCAACCGCCAUUUGUCGUGAAUCCCAAUGCGAAUGGGAGAAUGCGCUUCGACAGAUCACCAUCUCGUUUUGAUGACGAUGGAGACCGUUUACGUGCUUCUCAGGAAGAAGAAUUCCCUGCGCUUGGAACGACUCCCGAGGAGAGGGACAGGGAAAAGUUUGGUGAUCGAUCCACCAUGUCCCGUCAAGGCAGUUACAAUGACCCGUCUCGAUCUCGUUUCGCUACGGCAGUCAAGAAACCUACUCAAUCUGGACCUGCUCCUUUGAUUGUCACUGGCGCCAAAUUUGCUGUCACGCCUUCUGCAGACGACAGUCUCGUCGACUCCCCCGUGUCGGCAUCGGUCAUUACGCCACGACCAUCCCCUAGAUUCAAACUGCAUCCAUCGACUCUACUUCCGACCUUGCCGACGGGAGACUCGUUGAACAAGCUCUACAUGACCUAUCGCGAGCGCCCGCUCCAGCUCCAAGCUGCUAGAAAUGCAUGCCUCGCGCGCGCUGCAGAUGCGUGGAGAAGAAACGACGGUGCUGGAGCGAAACGUUUCAGCCGUGAUGCGAAUGAUCUCAAUGUCAAAAUGGCGGGUGAAGCUCGGGAGGCGGCCGGACGACUUGUCAAGGAGCGUACUCGAUUGCUCGUACAAGAGGUCGUUGCAAAGCGUCCUGGAGGUGGAGCGGGAAGGCUCAUUGGAUCUGGUCUUGGUGUCGUCCUUGGUGUCGCGAGUGGUGAUGGUGCGGCAAAGGUGGAGAGUGACGAGAUGAGGACAGAAGUCGCCAUUGAUCUGCAUGGGCUUCACGCUGCCGAGGGAGUCGAUUACCUCGAAGAAUUUAUACUUUCAUUGGAGACGGAGCGCUUCCUUGGACUGACGUAUGUCAUUGUGGGAGAAGAGAAGCACACUGGGACGCAGGACCCGUCUAGAGGCGCAUCCAAGCUUCGCUUGGCUCCCGCCAUCAAGGAAUGGCUCCAUCGGUGGGGGUACCCCUGGAACGAGUGGAAUGGAGUCAUUUGCGUCGACUGCCUCACUCAUUAUUAG